AUGGAAAUAAAUAAAAAUAAAUUUCAAUUGGUAAAGAAAAAUACUUCAUUUCCAGCUAAAUGUUGUAUUUGUGGAUAUAUUGCUAGCGGUUUUAUUUAUUAUAAUGUUAUGUGUUGUGAUGGUUGUAAACAUUUUUUUCGACGUUCUCUUAAUGCGGAAGAAUUGUUCAAAUGUAAAUUUGAUGGGAAUUGUGAUGUUAUGAGAGUGUCUAAUAAAUGCAAAGGCUGCCGUUUUGAUAAAUGUAUUUUAAUGGGAAUGAAUAUACAAAAAUUACGAAAUCCACAACAAUCUACUAUCUCUUUAUGGGAAAUACGCUCAAAAAUUGAACAACGAUUGGGUGAACUUGCCUUAGUUGGGAAAUAUCCUGAAAAAAGAAAUAAAAUUUUUGCGAGCAGUGAGGGAACUGAUUUCUCGUUUAUGGUAAAAAAUACGUUUAAAUAUACAAUUAGUAUUUAUCUGCUAAAACAGACCUUACAUACACCCUCGGGGCUUAAAAAUUUUAUCUAA